AAGUUUGAAGAAAAAGAAAAGAUCACAAGAGAAAAGUACAGACAAAACCGAACAACACUAGACAUCAGAUGAUAAGAAGAAGAAAAAGACAAGAGAAAGUACAGAUAAAAUAAGAAGAAGAAGACCGAACAACAUUGACACGCUUGACACGUAGACAUGAUAAGAACACGUGGAAACCCCAAAAGACUCUUUGCCGUUACACGUGGACAUGAGAAGAACACUUUGAGUUGACAGACACCCAAAGAGUGUUCGCCUUUAACUCUCUAACCGACGUGACCCUCACAAAUCUCAAUUCAAUUAUACGAAGUCGGAAUUCACCAAAUAUGUCGGCCACAAUUUUAGAAGAAUAAAAAUAAGAACAUCCUAAUCAUGCCCUCUCUCAAUCAAUCUCCCAUUCAGGCUCGUUAAGUCAGAUGGUCACUGAUCCUAAUUACCAAGUUUGAGAUCUCAUUAUGCCACUAUGAAUUCUAAAAAGAUGGAAACAUGGAGCAGGCGCAAAGAUAUAAUCAGCGAUCUACCAGAAGCUCUAAUUUGCCACAUACUGUCGUUUCUUUCCACAAAAGAAGCUGCGUUAACAUCUCUUCUCUCUAAGAAAUGGCGUUAUCUCUUUGCUGCCAAACCAAAUCUUGAUUUCGAUGAUUCCGAAUGCUCGCGUCCUGAACUGGUCAACCAACUAGAGACCAAUGAGGUUCAUAUAGCUUUUAUGAGAUUCGUAACGAGAGUUCUGGCUUCACAGGGGGAUUCUACUAUCAGAAGUUUCUCUCUUAAGUGUGGCCAUGGUAUCUAUCCAGUUUUUGUCUGUCGUUGGAUAUCAAAUGUGAUGCUACGUGGGAUAUCGGAUCUUGAUUUACGCGUUACUGUUGAUUGGAAGAAUUUGAUGAUGCCUGCACGUGUCUUUAUGAGCAAGUCACUAGUUAGACUGAGAAUUGAAACUGGAAAUGGUACUAUGAUUGGUGGUAUGCAUAUGGAACAUGUUUUCCUUCCAAAGCUUAAGACUCUCUAUCUUGAUCUCAUUACCUUUGGCUUUGGAGACGGUGAUAAUUACCUCGUCAAGCUUAUCUCUGCCUGUCCUGUCCUUGAGGAGUUAGUUAUGAUCAAUCUAAGUUGGGAUGGUUAUUGGCACCGCUCUGUGUCUUCCAAAACCCUCAAGAGACUAACGCUACGUUGUCAAGACUAUGACCAGAAUCCAGAUAGUGUUACAUUUGAUACACCGAAUCUUGUCUACUUUGAAUACUCUGAUCAUGUUGCUCAAAAGUAUGAUAUUGUGAAAUUCGAUUCACUUGUUGAAGCUAGUAUCGGUCUUCGAAUGACACGUGAUCAGCAAACACUUGCAAGCUACGGAGAUUUGGUCGGUAACGCAACUGAUCCUCUUACGAGGAUAUGCAAUGUUCAGAUCCUUUACUUAUAUGCCAGCACUCUUGAGGCUCUUACUUUCUGUUGUAAACCAAUACCGGUAUUCAAAAAACUGAUUCAUUUAACUGUCAAGACUCACCGGCAAGCAGGAUGGGAAUCAUUGCCGGCUCUACUCAAGAAGUGUCCAAGUCUAGAAACCCUCGUUUUUGAAGGACUCCAUCACAAGAAAACAGUCAAGUGUGAGGAUGGUGACGGGUGCCUAUGCAAAUCUUCGGAGGUGGACAUUCGUAGUUGCCUAUCAUCAAGUCCGGUGAAGGUUUUAAAGAUACUUAAGUUUGGCGAAAUUUCUUUUUACUGCGAUGACACGGAGAAGGAGAAGCAGAAGCAGAUGGAGCAAGUCAAGUAUUUCUUGGAGACAAUGCCGAAGCUUGAACAAAUGAUUGUCUGCUACAAUACACGAAUUGAUGAAGAUUUGAAAAGCCAACUUGAGAGACUAGUUCCUAGAGGAGCUUCUUCAAAGUGCAGUAUCCAACUAAUAUGUGAUCACGUACUCGCACCAGUUUAUCCUUAUUCCGGUGUCAUCGACUAUCUCGAAUAAAUGGGAGAGUAUCAUCCUUUUUUAAUCGUCAAAGUUUUUAGCACAAAACUAUAUAGUUUGGUCUAUGUUCUGUUAUUGGUCCCUUCUUUCAGCUACUUCUUUUCACUUUUUUUGUGUGUGUUUGUUGUAUACUUGAUGUUUUCUCAAGGGUUUGAAGUUGUUAUAUAUAUAUAACAUAGCUUUAGUUCCA